UAUGACACUUUUGACAGGUGACUCCAAUAAUAAUCCAGUUAUGCUUACUAAUAACGCCAAUCAAGCACAUGACGACGGUGGCUUAAUAGUUUUGGACAAGUUGACAUCGAAAGGUUUCUCUUGGAAGAGAGAUUUAAAGCGUCAUAUAUCCGAUGUUCACCUUAAACUAAAACCUUUUACUUGUGAUAAAUGUGGUAAAAGCUUUGCUCAAAAAUCCAAGUUAAAGGCUCAUAUUUCAAGUUUUCACGAAGGGAAUCGUCCUUACAAAUGUGAAACAUGUAAUAUAGCAUUCUCUUUGAAAAAAGAUCUAAAUCGUCAUAUUUCUGGAGUUCAUAUGAACAUAAGACCAUUCAAGUGUGACGUUUGUCAGAAGUCAUUCGGUCGAAAGAUUCAUCUUGAACGCCAUACAUCCAGUAUUCAUCUCAAUAGAAGACCAUUCAAAUGCGAACUUUGCGGUUUUGCUGGUGUAAAUACACUUACCAGAUUAAUCUGGAACGGGGUAUCAGUCAUUUUUUUCAAUGAUGUUGAAAGCAACGAACGGUUCAAGGUCAUGGAUGGGAAGGGUAACACACAAAUAUCAAACAACUUUGGACACACGGCAACUAUGGUUAACGAUAAAGGAGAAAAGAGUGUAUUUUACUUAUCUUCACAUUCCCAGUCCGAAAAAAUGAUGGAUAAAGAAAAUUUAACUGAUGAAAGUGUAAAAUUUGAAAAAAAUCCUAUCCAAGAACCAAAAACUCUUAAAAAAGAGGAAUUAAAGAUUUGGAAAUUCCAUCCUAUAGUCAUAUUGAUUUCAGCUACUAUUAUCGAAUCUAUAAGUUCCUGCAUGUUCUCUGCUUAUGGUAUUCUAAUGCUAGCUAUUGUUGACGCUACUGGAGAGAGAACUGGCUAUAUAUCUUGGUUUGGGGGUAUAGCGGGUUUUUCAAUGGGGGUUUCUUCAGUAUUAGUUGGAACUCUAAUCGAGGUGCUGGGUUGCAGAGUUGUUAUUGCUAUUGGCGCAUUAAUAUUCGUUGCUGGACAUGUCUUUUGCGCUUUUACUAGCAAUACACUGAUGCUCAUAAUUGUACUAGGCUUAAGUCAAGGACUAGGAACUUCUUGCUUAUAUAUCACACCUUACGUCAUAGUAGCCCAGUGGUUUGAUAGAAAGAGAUCUGUUGCCUUGUCAGUUGUCUCUUUUGGUAUGGGAUUCGGUAUGUUAGCUUGGAGCCCUAUAGCCGCUUUUUUCAUAGAUAUGUACUUCUGGAGAGGUGCACUAUUAAUUAUUGCAGGGAUUUUUUUGAAUGGUAUGGUUUUAGGACUCUUGCUCAUUCAACCUCCAAGUACAAAGCCCAAAAAGAUGUUGGAUGCGAAACAGGGUUUCAUUAAAUUGUUUGAUAGGAGAUUGCUGAGAAAUAAAGAAUUUAUUUUCGUAAUGUUUGCCUUUUUGUUUGUAUUUUUUGGACAUAAUUCUAUAUACGCAUUCUUACCCAAAAGAACUGCUGAUUUUGGAACAUCUAGAGUUCAAGCAUCCCUUACAAUUACUUUUGCUAAUAUUGUAUCGUGUAUUUGUAGAUUGUUGAUAGGUUUUUUGACAGAACUAAAAUACUUUGACAAAAUGGUCAUGUUUAUAUUAUCGAUAUUUGUGGCCGGUGUAUCAACCAUAAUGACCAUAUUUGUUGAAAAUUUCAUAGGGAUUUCACUAUAUGCUGCAGGAUUUGGAUGUGCUACAGGAGUUUAUAUUGCUAUGAAUAUUCCAGUUUUAAUAAAAUUAUGCGGAACGGAAUUUGUUUCCCAAACAACCGGAUGGAAUAUGUUUAUUGCGGGUCUUGCAUUAACAACCGCAAGAACAAUAAGUGGUUGGAUGUACGACAUAACAAAUGAUUCCUCAGAUAAUGGAAUGAAAAUACCUGAAGACAAAUUAAUUAGAGUAGAUGAAAAUGUUAAGAGGUACGCUUAUGUAAUUCUUGUAUUAUCGUUUACCUUACAAGCCCUGAGUGGUUGUAUGUUUUCGACUUAUGGUGUCCUAUUGGUUAAUAUUGCGGACUCAACCGAAGUCAAUACUGGUUUUAUUUCUUGGUUUGGAGGCAUAGCUAGUCUUAGCUUAGGUUUAUCAUCAGUGUCUACUGGGAUUAUGAUUGAUCUUUUCGGUAGUAAAAUAACAGUGUUCAUUGGAGCUAUAAUUUUCCUUUUGGGACAUGUUGUUUGUGCGUUUGUUAAUAAUUUGUAUGUUGUGAUUAUUAUCCUAGGUCUUAGCCAAGGAUACGGAACGUCUGCAUUUCAGGUUACUUCUUUCAUAAUAACAACAAGAUGGUUUACUAAGAGAAGAUCAUUUGCACUAUCAUUCCUUGCCGGAGGUUUGGGAUUGGGUAUGCUCUCAUGGGGCCCAUUAGCUGCCUAUCUUGCAGAUAUAUACGGCUGGAGGGGAACUUUACUCUUACUUGGUGCUAUAUUUUCAAAUGGUGCUUUUUUGGCUAUGUUAUUAAAAGAACCAAGGGAAACGCUUAAAACCAAUGCGCUUAGUAUAAAACAAACAAUCUUGAAGCUCUUCAAUAAAGAACUAACUAGAAGUCUUCUGUUUUUUACGUAUAUUUCAGUUAUAGGUUUUGUUCAUUUUAGCUACAACGUUCUUAUUGCAUUAUUACCAAGAAAGAUUGUUGACAUGGGUGGUUCGAAUCUAUUAGGCGGUUUAAUGAUAACUAUAGUAACCGGAUCAUCGACAGUUUUAAGAUUUAUUGUUGGAGUGUGUGCGGACAAACCUUAUUUUAAUACCCUAUUUAUAUAUCUAACAUCAGUACUUGUUGCUGGAAUAUCAUCAAUUUGUACAAUGUUUAUACCGAAUGUAUUUGGUUUUAUAGUUUUUGCUGUUAUUUUUGGUUCAUCAUCCGGUAUAUUCAUUGCUUUAAAUAUUCCAUUACCCAUACAAAUAUUCGGUGUAAAAUGGGUGUCGCAUGUUACGUCAUGGAAUAUACUUGUUAUUGGACUCUUCUCAUCAGUUUCACGAACGUUAAGUGGCCGUAUAUACGACUUAACAAAUAAUGCUACUAUAUGUUUUGUAUUUAGUGGAUUUGUACAAAUUGUUGCUGCUGUCUUAAUACUUAUAGUAAUUAUAUUAAUUAGAAAGAAAAAAAAUAUGAAUAACGUUAUUAAUGACAGGCCUUUAGAAUGA